CUCCUUUCAUUCAAGCCCCCCCUUCUCUCUCUCUCUCUCUCUGUGACACAAAUAUUGCAUUAUUAUUAUUAUUUAUUUAUUUUUUCAGUUCUCUCAUUUUCCCAUGAAAAUCCUCACCAUAAUAACCCCUCCUCUAUAUAAGAUCAAGAAAUCCCCGUUUCCCCAAACCCCAACCCAAGUCAUCUCGCUCCACACAAAUCCCCCAACUUUUUCUCCCAUUUUCUCACUUCCCAAACACCACCACAUCCACCAAUACUCCUCCAUGGCUACUUGCAUCGACGUCUCCCGAACCGCCGCCGGCCCCCAACCCCCUCACCCACUUUCUCGCGAUCCAAACAGGCUCCAAACCGCCGACGACGCCGCCCAGCUCAAGUUCCUCAAAAUCUGCCGCCGGCGGUUCUCCGACCGCGUCCCUUGCGCCGCCUCCGCCACCGUCUGCCAGAACCGCACCGCCACGAUUCACACCCGCAGAGCCGUCGAUUUCGUCUGCGACGACGACAACGAAAUCGAAGAUUUCGACGACGAUUAUGGCGACGGUGAUCGAGAAAGUGAGCUCGAUCUGUGGAUGAUAAUGAAGAGCGAAGCCCGCUCCGACAUCGACGAGGAGCCGAUCCUGUCGGCCUACUAUUUCAAUUCGAUUCUGUCGUACAAUUCUCUGGAGAGCGCUCUGGCGAAUCAUCUGUCUGUGAAGCUGAGCAACCACAGUCUUCAGACAAACACUCUCUUCGACAUCUUCAUCGGAGUUUUGUCGGAAGAUGAAGAGAUUAUGAAAUCUGUAACACACGAUCUGAAAGCAGUUAAGGAAAGAGAUCCUGCCUGUAUAAGCUAUGUCCACUGUUUCUUGAAUUUCAAGGGCUUCUUGGCCUGCCAAGCUCAUAGGGUGGCCCACAAAUUGUGGUCACAGGGAAGGAAAGUUCUUGCCCUGUUGAUUCAGAACCGAGUUUCGGAGGCUUUCGGGGUGGAUAUCCACCCCGGCGCGAGGAUCGGGCGGGGAAUUCUGCUCGAUCACGCGACCGGAGUGGUGGUCGGGGAGACCGCGGUGAUUGGAGACAAUGUGUCGAUUUUGCACAAUGUGACAUUGGGCGGGACCGGGAAGGCCUGCGGCGACCGGCAUCCGAAAAUCGGCGACGGGGUUUUGAUUGGGGCAGGGACUUGUAUACUGGGGAAUAUUAGGAUUGGUGAAGGAGCUAAAAUUGGUGCUGGCUCUGUUGUGCUAAAGGAGGUCCCACCAAGGACUACUGCUGUUGGGAAUCCUGCUAAGCUUGUGGGAGGGAAGGAGAAUCCCAUUAAGCUUGACAAGAUUCCUAGCCUAACUAUGGAUCAUACUUCUUAUAUUUCUGAGUGGUCUGACUAUGUUAUUUAGAAUGAUUGAACACCUUUUUUUUUUUUUUUUUUUUUUGGGUGUUGUUAUGAUUAGAUUGGUUAUGUUUUAACUUUGUGUUUGUUGUUUAAGUGAGAACCGAGGUUCUCCUAUUGGCAAACCCAAGAUAAAGAAGACAAGAACUGGAAGUUUAGAUGGUGGGAAAGCACAAGACAAUUUGUGCUGCUAGGUGGCUGCUUUGUCAUGUUAGGUUGGUGUUUUUGUAUCAAUUUAAGAAGACAUUGUUAUGUAUUAUAUAUAUAGAAAUAUGAAAGUAUCUUAUGAUUUAUAUGGCUA